GUUGGAAUUACCCACGAUGUUGGAAUAUACUGCGUUUACCCUAUUGAAAAUGAGUCCAGUUGGAGCUGCCAGAUUUCAACAAGUAGGAAAAUUCCAAUCCUGUUAAAUAACAGUCUGCCUAGCAAUAAAGGCCAGCAGUAUGCUGGCCUUUAUUUAUUUUAUAUUUAAUUAGCAGCAGCAUGGGCAUGCUUAAAAUGGUAAGCUUUUGAUUUUUAGUAAAUCAUUAAUCUUAAUAUUUUUUCAUGCAGGUCUCAAUCACAACCAUGGCAGUUUCUACUUCUGAUUCUUCAGUUGCUUUAAAACUGAGUAAAAUAUCUUCAUUUUUGACGUCAUUUCAAGUAGAAAAACCUGCUCACCUAGCACUAGCAGUAAGAUCUUCAUUGCUGGAGGUAUCCAACAAUCAAGAAAAUGACAAUCCAAAUCUUUGUCUACCUAGAGAAAGAGUAACGAAUCACCCAUCAGAUUCCUAUAUCACAUCAGCUGACACAGAACUUGCAAAAAAUCUGCAAGAUCAGCUUGUUGGCCAAGAUAAAUUGCAGCACAACAGUGUUGCUACUUAUUAUAACAGUGAGCUUGAACUGUUCACUGAUCAGUCUUUCAAGAGCUUGGGAAAACGUCUGGAAACAUAUGGUCACCACCGUUGGAUGCUUCGGUCUGAUGUGCUGAGUGUGUACAAAUGUGCUCGUCUGGGCUGGUUUAUGAGCAGCCCUGACAUGCUGCACUGCUCUGACUGCCAGGAGCGUCUGCCACUCAUCCUGCCUUCUCCUUCUGCUACCAAGUCUUAUGAGAGAGCGCUGGAGCUGCUCCACGAGCGCCUUCUAACUAAGCAUCUAAAGAGCUGCCGGUGGCGUUUCUACCAUGCCUUGUUGUCCUGGUGUCGACCACCUCCUGUACUUGAACCGCCUGCCAUCUAUGCCUUAGUCCAACUAGCACAUUACAUCGCGUCAGACAUGACCCAGGAGCAGACUUAUCUUGCUGACGAUGGUGUUCCUCUGAUGAACCAAUUGGUCCUGAGCCAGUCUGCAGUGGAAGAUAUACUCGGGCCUGGUUACAGUGGCGCCCAACGCACAGCGCUGCUGCUCCUCCUCACUGGCUGGAAAAGCACCAAAAUUGCAGGAACUUUGAGGUGUGAGUUGUGCAAACGGCGCAUUGGCCUGUGGUGCUUCCGUUCUACCAAAGAACACGAGGAUCUUUUGUCUCCAUCUGCUAUGGUGCAUGAAAACCUACACGAUUCUGUAGUCGACAGCGCUAUGUCCAUUGUGACCCAAGAAUCGCAUGCAGAGUUGGACGUCCCCAACUCAGAAGCAAGGGUAAACAUUGAACAUUCGGAUAUAACUUCAGCCAUUACCACCUCUCUUAAUGUCCAGGAGGCACUCUAUGCAAAUUCUGAGUUAAACCCCUUAAAUUUAGAAACGGUAUCAGAAAAUAGUGACGUGCAACCUGUGGCACAUAAUUCUGAAUCAUCCGUGAUGGCAGAAGGAAGUGUCUCCGAUGCUCCUAUGCUUGAAAAAUCCAUUUGCGAUAAUGUGCCGGACGAAAUUAGAACCAAUAAAUGUUCUGAUUCUGAGGAGACAAGUCAUACUGUUGGCGCUCGCGAUGAUGAUGAUGAUCACGCCAUGUUGGUUGAUGAAGAAGCACCUUCAAAAAUUGUAACGGAAAAUAUUCCCUGUGAUGAAACACCCGUCGUUUCUGAAGUUGACUGCAGCAUUCCGGAGACAAAUGAGCCCUUAGACACAGUGGCUGAUGCAUCAAAUAAUACAGGAAAGAGAAAGCGCCCAGACGAUGACGAUGUGGACCCUGCACAAGAUGAGUUGCCGUCUGAAGGAGAUGAGGGUCGAUUGAGCAAGAAAACCAAAAUAUCCGAGGAUCAGAGUUCAAAUGAAACUUUGAAAGUGGCAAAUUCUUCUGAAUCUGAGAAACCGCCACGCCCGGUGCUAUGCCCUCUUGGUCAACACCACGCUUGGUGUGCGUGGGUGACCCCCACGGAGCAUCAGGUGCUGCCCAGAGACUCUGUGCCACCAGAGGAGCGUGGCGAGCCUGGCUACCGCGUGAUGAGUGAGCAGCUCCAACGCACACUGCAGCGCGCCACUGCACAGCGAUGGACGCAGUCAGAAAAAUACAGCUCUUGCGUCGAGGGCGUCCGCAGCGUCAGGACUCUCCUGUCCUCCUGGCUACUCGGCGGUAAUUCUACAUCAUGACUCCUUUUUGCAGAACAAGUUUAAUAAUUAUCAUCAUCAUUCAAUUGUAUAUUAUAUAUCAUGUUUAUUUAAGGAAUUUUGUUCUUUUUUCGUCCUCCCAACAACUCCGUCACGAUUUUUGUACUUUCGAGUUAUUUUGAUGCCGCAAUCUGAUGCCGCACUGCUUUUUGUUGUGGCAUUUGAUUGUGUCGCCAUGUUUGUACUGUUCUCGAUAGUCUCUGUGCAAUCAUUAUGUCUCAAUUUUCCGUUUCUUAUUCUUUUAACGUUCAAUAAGUUCAAUCUUAGCAUUUAAUGAGGUACAAAUUUUUUAACAAAUAAGGGAGAACGCUUACAAGAUAUGAAACAAGAAAAGCGGCGCUACUCUUUUGGCGAGAUACAGGAUUUCCGUUGAAAUAUUGAUCAAUAUUUUCUAAAAAAUAUAAUCGAGAACAUUUUGUCACAGUGAAGUUGAGCUGUAGCCAUUAUCUUCGUUAGUAAUAAAAAACUUACUUGUAGAUGCCUUGACGAUAGAGGUUCUUGCUCACUAAAAUAAACU